UUAUUUUGUAAAAUAUAUAGAUAUAUAUUGUCACUUGAUAAUUUAUAAAGCCGCAAUAUUUUUUGAAUUACUUGUUAAGUGGACACUUUAGUUAAUAGCUGAGGGUGAAUCAAUCAAGUCUGAGUGGAAUCAUGGCUAUAGCGAAAAAUUAAUAAUACAAAGAGUUUGGUCGAUGACCCAGGCUCAAUAAUUUUUCUAUUUACUAUUUUUUUUCUAUAUUCUAAACACUUGGAUUAGUAAUUUCCUAUGAAUUAUAUUUGUCUACUAUUUUUUUCUUAGGCAUACGUAUUUUUUUUUUUUCGUUUUUGGAUGUAUAUAAAUGUUUUUUAUUGAUUCACCUAGAAAGGUAAUCGAUAGUUCGUACAUGGUACCACAUUGUAGCUCACUUCAAUUAAUUUUCCAGUGACUUGCCUUUUUUUCUUUGACUAACAAACAAACUAACAAAGUAUCUCCUUCAAUUUGUUGCUAAAUUUUUAAUAUUAAUUCUGUAAAUUAAUCAUCGAAAUGUCUAAAAGUAAAUUAAACAGUAAAACAAAUGUAUUAAUUGAAAAAUCAUCAAGUCGUCAUAGUAAUUUAAAAACUGAUGAAAAUAAUAUAAAAAUAUUUAACACUGAAAAACAACCAGUUGUUGUAAAAUAUAAAAAUAAAAAAAAAAUUAAAUAUCCAGAAUUAUAUGCAUAUGAUGUAUCAACACAUCCAAGCUAUACUGGUUUAAAAAAUUUACCAUACCAUGUUGUAUGUCGUCAACGUUUACAACAAGUAAAAUUAAAAAUUAAAAAUCAACUUGAUAAGGAAAUAAAACACAUGGCAAUGAUGCAGUCAUAUGCACUUGGUGGUGUUCGACUUGACCGAAUGCUGACUGUUGGAUUUUCACCAAAAUCAACUAAAAUUCCAGAUUUUGCAACUAAAAAACAACGUCAACGUAUCAAUGCUCUUUUAAAUGAAAAAUAAAUGACUGUUUUUCUUUUUAAAAAAAAACACUUGAAGCUCAUGUAAAAUAUUGUUUUUCUUUUUUAUUCAUUUGAAUUAAUUUAUCUGUCAAUUGAUGUAAAUUUUUUAAUUAAAAAAACUUGAUUGAUAUAUUUAAUUAAAUAAAAUUGAAAACACAAAU